CCUCCUUUUCCCCCCACCACCACCCCUACCCACACAGCCACCACGCUGUCAACACCCGCACAUCAGAGAGCACGCACUCUGCCAAACGGACGCUUCUUUGAGUCCUCGCAGUCCUUGCAGAGCCUUGCCAAUGCAUUUCCGAGAUCAGACAGCAUUGGGGACUCGAUCCCUGCAUGGCGUUUUGUUGUUCUUCCGCCAUUUGGUGUGUGGGCGCGUGCUGUCCUUCUGUUCUUGCUGGAUCGCCCUCGUCGAGCUGUAAGUCUAGUAGAAAUCAUCAGUGCUUUCGUCCAUCCAUCUUGUCUUGCUCCGCGGGGAGUGCGGACGCUCCUCCACCGAGCACCAAACAGGAUCAUCACAAAGGACAGCGGUAAAGAGCAGCAAUGCUCUUUUUUGCUGCUCGUUCGAUCCUGCAACCCUCGCCCUCGUCCCCUGCCUCAGUACCCUCAAAGCAAGUGUGGACGACUGCGCGCUGUUUCCUACUGGUGGUGGCCGCAUGUCAUGUUCGUUUGCCUGGGGCUUCGGGCUGCGAGGCUUCAAAUGAAUUCCCACCCGCACAUCCCCGUUCGUCUAUCUCCUGCCAUUGCAUUUGAGCGACAAUCGACACUGCUUCAGUCAUCGUGGACCCAAGCGAGCUGUUCAAGCAACUUGUGCUGCACUGUGCAACUGCCAUUGCAAUGUUGGAAACAAAAAAAA